GUUCAAAAAAGCUUUCAGAAAUCACAACUGAAAUUCUGAAACUAAUCCAUGCCGUGCAAUGGAAAUUCAGGCCACCCCUUUUCCAGGAAAAACACAGCCCUCGAAAUCGAAAACAAACAAGAAAAUCAUCCAAGCACCAAAAGGGAGUGCCAAAGAACCGCCAAUUCAAAGUCAAAAGCGAGUAUUCGGCACAACUCGAAACCAAAACAUUCCUAUCAAAGCAGUAAGCAACACCAAUGUUUUAAAAACCAAACCGGACCGACUCGCGAAGCCUCUCAAGAAAAACCCAUCAAUUCAGGUCUCCCCAAAACUACCCGAACAAACCCGAUCCACUCAUGGUGAGAAGAAAUCCCGAGGAAAACAGAGCAAAGGUGAGUAAAAAGAAGAAGAGUGUGGGGUUUGAAGAACAAAUUGGGAAAGGCAGUGGAGUGGUUUUGGCGGAGGGAGACGGGAAAGGGCCGCCUCGGACGCCGGUGCUGGGUUCGCCGUCUUUGAACAAGCCGAAAAGGGUAUCGGGUAGCAUGCCGUACCAGAGUGCAGAGAGGUGCUGCAAGUGCCGGUUCGAUAGGCUCGAGACCUCGGCUUACUGGCUGGGUCAGAUCAAGUUGGCAGAGUCUGUG